AUGCUGAACAACGAUAUCGACCUUGUCGCUGUAACCGACGACGACCUUUUCCGGUAUACAGAACGCGUCAAAGACAAGGUGGUUCUCAUAACUGGGGACUCGAAAGGUAUCGGCAGAGAGACUGCCAUUCGCUUUGCGCUUUACGGAGCCAAGGUUGUUAUUGGGGAUCAAGACGCGUGGGGGGCACAGGAAAUCGUCCAUGAAAUUGUAGCUGCCGGAGGAACCGCAAUUGAUACUCGAUGUAGCACUACUACUUGGGACGAUGUCGUGGCCCUUUUCGAUUUGGCUGUUAAGACUUACGGCGACGUCGACAUCGUUGUUGCCAACACUGGAGUCACCGAAGUCGGUCAAUUCAAGCAAUUGUCCUUCGACAGUAACGGGAAGCCAGUGAAGCCAGAUCUGACCACCGUCGAUGUAAACUUGGUCGGCGUCCUCUACCCUGUACACCUGGCACAAUACUAUCUCGCUCGGAAACGUCAGCCUAACGACUUGAAGGCCUUGGUAGUGUCUGGAUCUUUCGCGUCAUGGCACGGUUCACCUCAAGCCCCUCUAUAUAGCGUGUCAGGGUGUGGGGUUUUGGGCACUAUGCGGUCCAUAUAUCUUGAUCUCCAACACAAAGAUAUCCGCACAGCCGUUAUAAGUCCUGCCUUGGGUAUGCCAAUCAAUGACACGCUCCCGUCGUCUGCAGAAGCAUCCACAAAGGGUCUUUCCUUGUCACCCACCGCUCGUGUCGCUGGUUCAAUAUUCCAUGCCGCCACCAAUCCAGAGAAGGAGACCAGCGGACGCACAUGGUUGAUACGUGAUGAUGGCCCGCUUUACAUGGUUCCCCGAGAGGAUUUAGACAAAGGUGUCUUCCACCCGUUCAACAAGAGGUUCGCUCGGUGGGUGUAUCAUACUUCAUGUCCGCUUCACCGGCUAAUUAUAUUUUCCAGGAUGAUCUCUACUACCAACGCUGUUGAAGGUUUCCUGCGAAACCCCAGCCAGUAUCUCAUGAAACCAUUGGUCAUAAUCGUCUUGGGCUUUUUCGGAUUAUAUGCUUAUGGUAUUUUCUUAUGA